UUUCCCCACCUGGAAGUUGGAACAUUUUAAUAGAAAUAGUCUGUGAUGUCACCCAGCGAACUUUGUAAAUGUUCUCGACAGGCACACACAGUGAGGGGGAAUGUGCAAGUCUGUUUGCCCGUGUGAAUCACCGCACCCUUGCAAACGAGACGAUUACUAAUUCAUCACUGACUGUAUAAUUGAACCGACAGGGGAACACCAACGCUUUCUGCCUCUAUAUAAAAUUGAAGAUCACUGCAGGUGAAAAAACAGAGGCUCUCUUAGGUUAUUCCAACAGUGAACAACCGAGAUGACUACACAUCUGUCCUUACUGCUGCUGUUUGCAUAUGCCUCCACAGGCUCUUCAGAUCCAAGUAGCUGUAGGGGUCGUUGUGGCGAAGGCUACUACAGAGGAAGUUUGUGCCAGUGUGACUACGAGUGUCUGAGCUUAAAUGAGUGCUGUUCAGACUUUACACAGAUGUGUACUACAAAGGACUCAUGCAAAGGACGCUGUGGGGAGCCUUUUCAUAGAGGCAAUCCAUGUCACUGUGAUAUUGACUGUGUCUCAUUCAAUCAGUGCUGCCCUGAUUAUGAGAACAUGUGCUUGGUGGAAGAUACUGCCUUAAAACCAAGAAAAACUGCCACCGCAGCUCAAAGGACCGCUAACUUAUGCCUAAACAUAAAGAAUAAAAAGUCUACAGAAACCUCCAAUGAGGAGAUGACCAAUGAUGAAGGGAUUGGAGAAGAGUUAACGAUCCCUGAAGAUGAAAGUGAGUCCACACCUUCUGAGGGCCUUGUUUUGUCCUCUACAGAUGCAAGCAGCAUGCUCCCUGCUGAUGAGAACCCAACAGAAGGUCCAUCAAGUGCAACACCAACAGAGGGUCCUACUAGCACAGCACCAACAGAAGGUCCUCCAAGCACAGAACCAACAGAAGGUUCUCUAAGCACAGAACCAACAGAAGGUUCUACAAUCACAGCACCUACAGAAGGCCCAUCAAGCACAGCACCAAUAGAAGGUCCAUCAAGCGCAGAACCAACAGAGGGUCCUACUAGCACAGCACCAACAGAAGUUCCAUCGAGCACAGCACCAACAGAAGGUCCUCCAAGCACAGCACCAACAGAAGUUCCAUCGAGCACAGCACCAACAGAAGGUCCUCCAAGCACAGCACCAACAGAAGUUCCAUCGAGCACAGCACCAACAGAAGUUCCAUCAAGCACAGCACCAACAGAAGUUCCAUCAAGCACAGCACCAACAGAAGUUCCAUCAAGCACAGCACCAACAGAAGUUCCAUCAAGCACAGCACCAACAGAAGUUCCAUCAAGCACAGCACCAACAGAAGUUCCAUCAAGCACAGCACCAACAGAAGUUCCAUCAAGCACAGCACCAACAGAAGUUCCAUCAAGCACAGCACCAACAGAAGUUCCAUCGAGCACAGCACCAAAAGAAGGUCCAUCAAGCGCAGAACCAACAGAAGGUCCAUCAACCACAGCACCAACAGAAGUUCCAUCAAGCACAGCACCAACAGAAGGUCCAUCAAGCACAACACCAACAGAAGGUCCAUCAAGCAGAGCACCAACAGAAAAUUCUGUCACUGAAAUGAUUACCAAGGCACAGAGUGAAGACCCAGAGGAAUUGUCAUCUCUCAAGGAUCCUAGAGCUACCCCUGUCCCAAAGAAGACGCCAUCCGCUCCUGCUCCAGUGAAACCAACAAAAAACCCCAUUAAACCUAGCAUAGACGAGAACGACAAAUCCGAACCAAAGGAACCUCUCAAGGAUCUUAGUGGCAUUGUUCCAAUCAAACCAGCAGAAAAACCUCUUAAACCUAGCUCAGACAAGAAUGGCAAAACAGAUAGUAUUAGAGAUUAUCAAGCUGAUGAUUAUGACACUAACCUCUGCAGUGGGCGUCCAGUCAGUGGUUUGACUACUCUCAGAAAUGGUACCAUUGUGGUGUUCAGAGGACAUUAUUUUUGGACACUGGACAAACAGAGAAAUCCUGAUCCUCCUCAGUUAAUUACAAAGGUGUGGGGAAUCCCAUCUCCCAUCGACACGGUUUACACCCGCUGCAACUGCCAGGGCAAAACCUACUUCUUCAAGGGAAGGAACUACUGGAGGUUUGAGAAUGGUAUGAUGGAUCCUGGCUUUCCCAAACCCAUCAGCCAGGGUUUCGGACAGAUUGGUCAUAUCACAGCUGCUUUAUCUAUACCUCAGUACAGAAGCAGAAGAGAGUCGGUAAUCUUCUUCAGAAGAGGUGAAAUGGCACAAACGUACACAUACCAGGUUACUCCCAGCUGUGGGAAAAAGCCAAGAUAUCCUGUGUUUACAGUGAGGACGAGAGCCAGACGACAAGCUGUACUUCCUGGAACAGAUGUUUCACAAAGGCCUCAAACAGGACAUUUUGUUCCAAAUGCAGCUCUGGGGCAAGUGAUCAGUAUCUCAAAGACCUGGAGAGGAUUUCCGACCAUAGUGACCUCAGCCGUGUCUGUUCCUUCAAGGGUGAAAGAAGGAUACAAGUAUUACGUAUUCUCUCAAAACAAGUAUUACAGCAUGAAAAUGGAAAGAGAAAAACCAGUGAUCCUAAAACCUGCUACUGGUCCAAAGGAAAGCUCAGCAACCAGCUUCUUUAAAUGCCCAGAAACCCAGAAAAACUGAGUCAUUCAUGUCUUUCUCUCAUGCCAUAUAUUGUAAAUUUAUAUUUCUAGUGAUACACUUGUCUUCGGUGCAGUGGAAAACAACAUUUCAUGGUAAAGCUGCAUCUUUGGAGACAGAAUUAUGGACAAAAAGAUUUCCUUCAAAACAGUUUUAUUGUACGGAUGUAAACUCAUUCAAAUAACAUUGAUGGAUUGUUCAGAGCAUUAAACUAACAAACAAAACUUAUAAUACAUAGCCUUAAAGCAGAAAAAAGGUAUGGCUGUGUUCUUUUGGAGAGAAUGUGUUGCUCCA